GCCCCCGGGGCCGUGCCCGGCGGUGCCGCCGCGCGCGGCCCCAUCCGCGGGAAACGGGCGGGGCGCUUAUAUAAGCGUGUGCGUAGGGAGCGCCUGCUGGGCUCGCGGAGUGUCGGAGGUCCCUUCCCACCCUGACGAUUCUGUGACGCGGGCCGAGGGCUCGUUGCUGCCCGGUGGCGUCGGGAUGUGUCGGUCAAAAGGCACCCCCGGGCAAGAGAAAGCGGCUCGGCCGUGCGGCGCUGCCGCACCCAAACAGGCUUUCAAGCAGCAGAACGAGUUAAAAUGGUCUCUCUUAGAGCACCGUUAGUAAAGUCAUUACUAAAUGGUGAAUUUCUCACGCCUGUUAAUUACAGAGCUCUAACCACCGUCUGUGCGCUGCCAACACAGCGGGUUUCCCGGGACCUGCUCCUUGGUUACGCCGCGCACGGCCAACAGCCGACGGAGGCAUCGCACUGACAGGACUCAGUACAACCCUUUGGAGCCUUAACAGGGCAGCUCUAGAUGCAGAUCUGAAAAUAAACCUCCACCUGUGGAUUGCAGCUCAAAUCUACAGCUUCACGGACAAGUGCAUAGCAACAGCAGAAGUGGUUUCAUUAGAAAGGUCUCAAGUAAAAGGCAGAGGACCCAAAUCAGCAGUACAGUCCUUUCUUAACUUUGAGAAUUCCAGACAGUUCUUUAAGAACUGUCAUUUUUAUUUCUCCUAAAAUAUUUUUUUCUGCUAAGAUACACAGAAAGUAAAAGUCAACAAGAAGAGACACACGCUUUUCGUGCUUUUCUUUCCUCACUUUGAAUGACCUAAUAAACACAGUAAUAGAAUCACAGAAUCAUUUAGAUUGGAAAAGACCUCCGAGGCCAACUUUUAACUGACCACCACCAUCUCAGAUAGGUCAUGGCACUGAGGGCCAUGUCCAGUUGUUUCUUGAACACCUCCAGGGAUGGUGACUCCAUCACCUCCCUGGGCAGCUCAUUCCAAUGUUCAAUAACACUGUUAGUGAAAAAAUGCCCCCUGAUGUCCAACCUGAACCUCCCCUUGUGCAGCUUGAGGCUCUGUCCUCUCGUCCUGUCACAGCUUGCCUGGCAGACGAGGCCCCAUCUGUCAUUGACAAUCAAGGUAUGCCAAGACCCCAGCCAUGAUUGGAAUCCCUUUCUGCUUGGUCUUACACAAAAUUUCUUUUUAAAAGGUGUAGCAUGUGGAGACCCAGACUGUGAUUGCAAAAAUGAAGAGAGUGGGAAGAAGACAGAAAGGAAAAAAGAUAACAUGAAGUGCCGGCCAAGCCUGCCUCGGCAAGCGGCGGAGGCACGGCCGGUUGGGCAGCGGCCGAGCCCGGGCCGGGUCCCGCUGCGGAACGUCCUCCUGCCCCGCGGCUCAGCCCGCGCCCCUCCCCUGCCGGCACUGGUACGUGCCGGCGCUCCCCGCGCGGCGGCGGUGGUGCGGCCCGGCGGCGGCGGCGAGGCCGAACUGAUUUCCACAAUGCUGAGAGGAGUUGCUCACGGUGCAAAAGACACAUUCACUCUUCUGUUGACAAGACCGCAGAGCUGUAAUCCAGGACUGAAGUUUUCAUCAGUAUGGCCUGAUGUAGCAAACAGAAGCUUCCUAAUACAUUCCAGUUACACAACUGAUACCAAGUCAAGAGAGGAAAAUAAAAAAACCCUUGAGAAUCUCUACAGUUUGUCAGUUGACAUCACAAAGAUACGCAGACUGAAGGAAUGGGUCCUUCUCCAGGAUGUGGCCUAUGUUAAAGAAAUUGCUGGUAUCUUACAGGAAAUGGGAGCAGAUGAGACCACUGUAGCCAACAUUAUAGAACGCUGCCCCGAGGCAAUUCUCCACACCCCAGCAGAGAUAAACUCUCAAAGAGCUUUGUGGCAAUUAGUAUGCCAGAAUGAAAAACAGCUGGUUAAAUUAAUAGAGCAAUUUCCAGAGUCUUUUUUUACUACUGAGUAUCAGCAGAACCAGAAGGCAAACAUACUGUUUUUUCAAGAGCUAGGACUUAAGAAUAAUAUAAUCACCAGGUUCUUGACAAGUGCACCCAAUAUUUUCUAUAACCCUGUUGAGAAGAACAAAAACGUGAUAGAGACAUUACAAAGAAAUUAUUUAAAUUUAGGGGGUUCUGAAGCAAAUAUGAAGAUCUGGAUACUAAAGUUAUUGAGCCAAAAUCCAUUUAUUUUAUUAAAUACUUCCACUGCAAUCCAGGAGAACUUGGAAUUUCUCCAAAAGAAUGAUUUCACUGACCAGGAAGUCCUACAGCUGCUGUCCAAACUUAAAGGCUUCAUUUUUCAACUUAAUUCUACCACUAUGCAGAAGAGUAUGCUUUUCUCCAAAAACAUCUUCAAGUGCAGUGAUCAAGAACUAAAACAACUAGUGCUGAAAUGCCCAGCCCUUCUCUACUAUUCUGUUCCAGUUUUGGAAGAAAGACUUGAAGGACUACUGAAGGAAGGAAUUUCUAUAGCACAGAUAAGAGAGACACCAGUGGUGCUGGAGUUGACAACACAAAUCGUUCAGUACCGAAUUAAAAAGCUCUCUGCAUUAGGAUAUGAUAUAAAGGGUGGAAAUUUAGAAAGCUUGAAUGGUACUAAAAAAGACUUUGAAGUCACUUAUGGUAAGAUACAAUCAAAGAAGGAGAGACCAAUUUUUAAUCCUGUUGCUCCUCUACACAUUGAAGAUUAAUUUGAACGCUGUACUUCAAGUUAUGCAAAGGCAAAUUAAAAGGGAAGUUGAUUCUUUAAGAAGAGAUGGAACAAAAGCAAACUUAAUCAAGACUGUAGUCUUACACUGUACUUUGUUCAGGAGGGGGUCUUGGGCACAACUUCAUUAUACAAUUGUAGUAUUAAAAUACUUUAAAAUGUCAUAGAAGUUACAGUUAUGAUAAAGGUUGCCUUUUCCUAAGAGUACCUCAGAUGUGACAUUUUCUUACCUGACAGGGCAUUAACUGCCUUAGAUUUUCAGCUCUGUCACUGCACAGUCCCGCCUGUGGUAAUGAUUAGUACAAUUUUUAUCUGAGGAAGACAAAAGGAGGAUUAUUUUUCCAGCAGUGUUCAUCAGUUGGCUGAUUCACUGUCUUCAGGACAUGCUCUUAGAGUUCUUUUCCUUAUUGCUCAAGUAGCUCUAGCUUCUGGAUCCUGACCUGCAACAGACUUGAUUUCUUGGACAGCAAAGCCCUGUCCUGAGAACAGGGGCUGGACAUAAUAUUUUUUUAUUCACUGACUGCUACAGUGAGACCCUAGUAUCUCUGUGUACAAACCAUAAUGCAAAGAAACUACAGGAUGAUAACCUUUAUAUUUCUGAGACUUCAGAAUUUACUUAUUUUUUUCAAAUGGUUUGGGAGAGGAAGAAAUACAUUUAUUGCUGUUGUAUAGUUCUUAAUUUCUUCUAGCAAGGUUUGGGGACAAGAAAGAUUAGGGAGAGACUCAAGUUUCAAAUUAUGGUAGGAGAAAAGAGAAAGUCAUGCUUUUCUAUUAGAUGUAACAAAACUCUAGUCUGUAAACCACUGCUGAUUAAACAUGACUACCAGAUUUGCAAACAGCUGCAACAGUUUCUAAAUAUA